UUUUAAUUGAGUGGUUAGUCUUUAUUUUGGAGCCACUAGUAACAUUUUCCACUCCUUGUUUCUCUGCCUUGCCUUUUUGCAUUCUCCACUGCAGCAUAGUUUCCCAUGUUUUUCCUUUUUUCUUUUGCAACCCACUUGUGACGUGUGAGCGGAGUUCCUGCUCUUGUUUCGUGCAGCGCAGUUUGGGAAAGGUGGAGCGGCAGAAGGACCACGGACGUGCGGAAAGGCUGAGAGAAAGUCAAAAGGGGAGCGACGGGGGAAGAGAAGACAUUAAACUGCCUCGCUCUGUCGCCCUUGGGUCACGCUGAAUGAGAGCUUGCAGUUGACGGGUCUGCUUCACACGAGAGGAGGAGCUCCAGCCCGGCGGGGAGACCAACACUUCAUCCUUUGUCAAGCACCAACAAGACAAGAUGAGGUACCAGGGCAGGGAGGUGGACAUUGAAGGAAGGGUGCGCUUGGUGAUGGAGAGCACCCUAACGGCCCGUGACAGGGUCGGAGUCCAGGAUUUUGUCCUACUGGAGAACCACAACAGCGAAGCAGCCUUUAUAGAAAACCUGCGACGGCGCUUCAAAGAAAACCUCAUCUAUACUUACAUAGGCUCCGUUCUGGUGUCAGUGAACCCCUACAAAGACCUGGAGAUUUACUCCAAGCCACAGAUGGAACGCUACAGAGGAGUCAGCUUCUAUGAAAUCUCGCCUCACAUCUACGCAGUGUCAGACAACACUUACCGAACCAUGCGGACCACAUGGAAGGAUCAGUGCAUUCUUAUAUCAGGUGAGAGUGGCGCAGGGAAAACGGAAACCUCUAAGAAGAUCCUCCUCUACUAUGCCGUCACCUGCCCGUCUAAUCAUAACAUGAGCACCCUCGGAGACCGCCUGCUCCAGUCCAACCCGAUUCUGGAGGCAUUCGGUAACGCCAAAACACUAAAGAAUGACAACUCCAGUCGAUUUGGAAAAUACAUGGAUGUGCAGUUUGACUUUAAGGGGGCGCCAGUCGGCGGCCACAUCCUCAAUUACUUGCUGGAGAAAUCUCGGGUCGUCCACCAGAACCACGGAGAAAGAAAUUUCCACAUCUUCUAUCAACUUCUGGAUGGCGGGAGCAGUGAACUUCUCCAGAUGCUUGAUCUUGAAAGAAACCCUCAGAACUACCAGUAUCUGGUUAAGGGAAACUGUUCAAAAGUCAGCUCCGUUAGCGACAAGAAGAAUUGGAAGGUUUUGAUGAAUGCCCUGUCCGUUAUUGGCUUCACUGAUGAAGACCUGCAGAAUUUGCUGAACAUCAUCGCCAGCGUUCUCCAUCUGGGCAACACUCAGUUUGGAGAAGGCGAGGAAGGCGAAACACAUAUCACCACCGAGAUGCCGAUAGUCAAUGUUUCAAAGCUGCUGGGUCUUGAGGCCUCGUCCCUCAGCGAGGCUCUUACUCACAAAAAACUCACCGCCAAAGGGGAGGAGAUGAUCAUCCCUCUCAACUUUGAGCAAGCAAUGUCCGCUCGCGACGCUUUAGCCAAAGCUGUCUAUGGUCGAGCCUUCACCUGGUUGGUGGAGAAGAUCAACCGGUCUCUCGCUCUGAAGGAUGACGUCGACCACAGCAAUAAAGCCUUCCCCGUGAUCGGCCUUUUGGACAUCUACGGCUUUGAGGUCCUACAGUGCAACAGUUUUGAGCAGUUCUGCAUCAACUACUGCAGCGAGAAGCUCCAACAGCUCUUUAUUGAGCUCACCCUCAGAUCUGAGCAAGAGGAGUACACAACAGAGGGAAUAGCCUGGGAAAUGGUGCCGUACUUUGACAACAAAAUCAUCUGUGACCUGAUCGAGGCCAAGCACAAGGGCAUCAUCGCCAUUCUGGAUGAGGAGUGUGUGAGACCCGGCGAGACGAGCGACGCCUCGUUCUUAGAGAAACUGGAGGACACACUCGACGGCCAUCCCCAUUUUGUCACGUAUGAUCACAAGCUGGCAAACGGCAAAACCCGGAAGGUCGUGAGCAGAGAGGAAUUUCGGUUGCUACACUAUGCCGGGGAAGUCAACUACAAUGUCAACGGUUUCCUUGAGAAAAACAAUGACUCACUGAGCAGGACCCUGAAAGAGGUCAUGUGGCAGUCAGACAACAAGAUCAUAAGUCAGUGUUUCUACAGAGAGGAAGUGACGGAGCAGAAACGCCCACGGAUGGCUGCCACUCACUUUAAAAAUAGCCUGUUGAAACUUCUGGACAACCUCAUGACGAAAGAACCAUCGUAUGUCCGCUGUAUCAAACCCAAUGAUACCAAGCAGCCAGGUCACUUUGACGAAGUUCUCGUCCGGCACCAGGUCAGGUAUCUCGGCCUGAUGGAGAACCUUCGUGUCAGGAGAGCCGGCUUUGCCUACAGACGCAGCUUUGAGGCCUUCCUGCAGAGGUACAAGCCUCUAUGUCCAGAAACGUGGCCCGUCUGGUAUGGAAGACUCCGGGAUGGUGUGGCCACACUGGCCAACCACCUUGGCUACCAAGAGGAGGAGUACAAACUGGGCAGGUCCAAAAUAUUCAUCCGUUUCCCCAAAACUAUCUUUCUGACCGAAGAUGCACUUCAAGCCAAAAAGCCAGAGAUCGCUUUGACUCUGCAGACAUCCUGGAGAGGCUACAGGGAAAGAGCCAAAUACAAAAAGAUCAGACAUGCAAUCAUAGUGAUUCAAUCGGCAUGGAGAGGAAUGAAAGGACGGCGGAGGGCAAGGAGGCGUCGACAGGCCGCCGAUUUGAUACGCAGGUUCAUAAAAGGCUUUAUCCACCGCCAUGAGGACUACAGUCCAGAAAAUGAUUAUUUCCUGGAUCAUGUGCGUUACUCCUUCCUCAAGAAGCUCAGCAAAAAUCUGCCCACAAGUGUUUUGGACAAAAGCUGGCUGCCCUCUCCUCCUUCUGUCGCUGAGGCCUCAGAGUACCUUCGCGCACUGCACAUGCGGAACAUGGUCAGGAAGUACUGCAUGAGGAUCCAACCUGAAUGGAAGAAUCAAAUGACGCAGAAAGUCGUUGCGAGUGAGCUCUUCAAAGAUCAGAAGGACAGCUAUCCUCAAAGCGUCGGCAGGCUCUUUUUGGACACCAGGAUCGAACGCGAGCAGAUCAAUCUCAAGGUUCUCCAAACUCUCGGCAGUGACAAAGUGCAGUAUGGUGUCCCAGUCAUCAAGUAUGACAGGAGGGGGUUCAAGCCACGCUCUCGACAGCUCCUCCUUUCCAACACCUUCGCCGUGCUGGUGGACAAGACCAAGAUCAAGCAGAGGAUCGACUACGCGGCACUCGGAGGUAUCUCUGUGAGUUCCCUCAGCGAUGGGAUGCUUGUUCUGCACUUGCCCACUGAGGAGAAUAAGCAAAAGGGUGAUGUGCUGCUGCACUGCGACCAUGUGAUCGAGCUGGUGACAAAAUUAGCCCUGAUGGCCCGCAUGAUGAACCACGUCAAUGUUAAGCCUGGCAGCGUACGCUUUGCGGGAGCACGCGGCAAUGAGGGCAUCAUCGAUUUUGUCAACGGCUCCGAGCUGAAGGUGGCGAAAGGCAAAAGAGGACACCUGCUAGUGACUGCCCCUCGGAUCAAAACCGCAUGAAGAAGAAACACAAGCUGAUAAAUGCUAGCUAACGCUUGGCUGACCCGAGGAUUAACACUCACUGCUCUUGAUGUGAUGAAGCACACACUUGCAAAAGCUGAGGUCACUAUUUGAGGAAAAUAUACAAAAUUGUCUCUAAAAGAAUACCCGGUAAGGAUUGAUUACAUCAUAACAGGAAGUCCUCAUACAUCAUGUUUUUAUUAAGCGCCACGCAGGCUACAAAUAUAUAUAUAAAAUCUCAAAUUGUAUCACUGUCUGUAUAAAAAAAACAAUAAAUAAAUAACAUCAAAUAAA